UACUGUUGGCUGUUAUCCCAAUGUUUUAUUACUUGGAAUCCAAAACUGGAUCUCUAGACAUGGAAAGCAUAUCGCCUAUUCACCUUCCUGUCAUAUUGAUAAUAUUGACUGAUGUCACGAGUUGUUUUGUAAAUUCAAUGUUGAAAACAUGCCACUAAAAUGGCAACUGCCUCGCUUUCAACCAGCUCAUCCGAAUAAAAUGCCUCAUCUAAAUAGUCACUCAUCCACCUUACAUUUUAUACGCUGCAGUUUUACAGAACGGAAAAUAUGUUACUGGUUAAUUUGAAAAAGAGACCUUGACCACUAGACGAGAAAUUUGUAUUUGAAUCCAGAAAGAUGGCAGAAACAAAUGGAGCAUCACCACAAACACAAGGGGAAAGUGACUGUGUUCCCCGACCAAGCACUGCAAUCGCGGAUAACCAUGACCUACAUGAUGAUGAUGAUAUCAGUGAUUAUGGACUUAAAAGAUUGUUUGAAUUCUCCAUACCAAUGUGUACUUCGUUUUCUGACAUUUCGGGGGCUGAUUCUGGACAGUCGUGUGCUACAGAUGGAUCCUAUCGUAUAAACCGCGUAGACCUGGAGAGAAUAUCUCUGUUUGAAUCCAGAGAGAUGGUAGAAGCAUCCCAACAGGUGCAAUGUAGAAUAUGCCUUGACAAACUUAAGGAUGGCAGACGUCUGGCAUGCGACCAUUGCUUCUGUCGAACCUGUCUGGAAGAUCACCAGAAGUCCAACUGCCCCGAAGGCAAUGUAACCUGUCCUUUGUGCCGUCGGGACACCAACUUAGAAGAAGGACAGGUGGAGGGUUUACCAGCUGUACGUGAAAGUUUGUGCAUUACUCAACUAACUACCGCGAUCACAGAUCAUCAUGACCUUGACCAAGACAAUGUUAGUGAUUAUGGAUUGGAACGACUUUUUGAAUACUCCAUACCAGUUUGCACCAUGUGUCCUGAUGAUGCAGAUAAUACAGAGGAUGCAUCCGGAGAGUCCUGUGCCAUAGCCGUCUCCUACUGCAGAGACUGCGAAGAAUAUAUGUGUGAUUUGUGCCUGUCGGGUCACAAGAGAAUGAGCAAACUUUUCAUGGGACAUACACUUGUGUCAGUUCAGGAUGCACGAAGUGGCAGUUCUCCGAUUGGAGCUGAGAAAUGUAAUGUACACAAGAUGGAGACGAGAAAUUUCUAUUGCGGAAAGUGUGAUGUUUUUGUCUGUCAGAAGUGUGUCGUUGCUGAGCAUGAUAUUCGCAAUAUCCUCAAAGGAGAUGAUAUCAGGUUAGAAAGAAGACAAAACAUUGAUGCUCUUACGUUGCAAGUAAACAAAAAGAGAGCAGACAUGCAGAGAUACAUCAAGAAUAUUGAAGGAAAGAGGCGAGUCAUUAAACAGGUGCUCAGUAAGGUAUUAGAAGAAAUAACAGAGGCUUAUGAAGCUGCUUUGAGAUGUCUGGAAGAACGAAAGACAAUGCUAGUGGAGGGUGUACGUCGAGUGGAGCAUGAAUGUGACGACGAAAUAAAUGAUAUGAGGGACAAUGUGAGAUGUAGAAUAGUAAAUCUAUCCAAGUCCUGCAAUAUAUUAGAACAGGGAAGACACGGAUGCCUGGAAGCUGAUGCCUGGCAAGCACACAUUUGUCUUUGUGAAGAAAUAAAGACCGAACUAAAUGUGAACUGUGAAACAAACCGAACCGAGAGAACUCUCGACAGGCUGCAGCGCAAUGCAAAUGCUGUCAAGUUUACCAGGGUGAAUAAUCAAAUUGUUUUCGGCCACUUACAAACAAGUGCAGCUGAAGCCGAACAGCCAUUGCAGAUUAACAAGUUAGUUUCUUUAGGUUUACUGGACGAUGGUGAUGAAAAAGAUAAUCACAGAGAAAAUAACCCUCUGCACGUGUCGAACGACAAUGAUCAUUGUGGUAAUGCAUGCAACACCGUGGUUAGUUUUAUGAAUGACAUCCCAGUUACCAAAAUUACCAAACCCCCGCCGUUUUGGCUUAAGAGACCUUGGACAAUGAUUAAGCUUAUCAAGUGCCCCUACUCGGCUCCAACCUGUUUGGCAACUCGAUCAGCAGAAUCGGUAGUUGUCGGAUAUUUGGACGAUCCAGCAACGGAAAUGUUUCUAGGUGUUCAAGAGCAUACAGACUUUCUACCAAGGUACAGUGCCAGGUCAACGUGUAUUUCUUUUCUGCAGAACAUCGGCACCGCGAUGUUGUACAUGGAUAGUCGUAUAGUAGUGUACAACCCUGACGGAAUUGUUACUGAUGUCAGGUUUUUGACUAUCGGUACACCAUGGUGUCUUGAUAGCGAUGAAAACAAUAACAUCUACAUCCUUACAAGGUCUGGCAACAUCAGUAUCUACCCUUUCCAUGGAGGACGUCCACUCCGUACCUUCAACACAGGACUGUCCCCAUUUGAGGAUAUCCACAUCGGAUGUCAAUGCUGUGUUGUCCGUUCUGAGACCAAAGUUGUUGUCUUGUCAUUACAUGACGGUUCAUUCAUCUGGAAACUGGAGACGGGUGGCCAACAAGAACGACAGCGAGUAGCAGUAGACAAAGCAAGUGGGAUCCUUUAUGUCGCAAGUUCACAGCAAGAACUCGAUGGUUUAUCCGUUUGCCUUCGGAGCUUCAACCUAUGCGAUGGUUCACCCAUAGGCUCCUGUGUGCUUCACGUGGCAUCGGGGGAUCUGGUAGGCCUUAGUGUGGUGUCACCUGACACUCUCGCUCUCUGCACUACCAGCGCUGUUUAUAUCUUCAAAAAAGAUUGUCAGCACUAGUCUCUACAAACAAAAUGUAUUAGUUUCCAAUGUACAAAAAGUUUAACCGAUGGGCAAUUCCAUAAAAUAAUCAACAUUUUUGUACGUUCGAUCCCCAUUUUUCUCAAGUUGAACCUCACUUCAUAAACUGACCAAGUCAUGGUCGUUUGAGAGCAUCACAGACUAUCAUAAGAACAAAAAAUCAGAGACAGAAAAUUUCACGAAGGUCCCACAUAUAGGGAGUCGGACGUACAUGAUUUAUGGAAUUGCCCCGAUGUAAAGAAUUGCAUAUUAAGUGCAUUGACAUGUUUCUCAUCGAAUGAUUGGCUUAGACUAUGAUUGACUCAGACGCAUUCAACAUGGCAGAUAUCAGGGUUAAGUGACAAAUUUUGAGGGGAAUAAUGCGACGUAUGAGGCAAUAUUAGGUUUCGAGACAUCGAAUUAGAAAUUAUUCACUUUCUUGCCAUUAGUAUUCAUGGAAUGAAAUGAUAAUUCACCCUUUUUCAUUCUUCUUUCUCUCCAUCUUUUGUUUUAUUUUGGUUGUGGAGCUUUCCUGGAGGAGGGUUUAUAGUAACCCCAAGCCCCAGUAGCUUACCUAGGAUUUUCCACAGGGGGGGGGGAACCGUCCGCCGAAAAAUUUUGCAAGCUCGUCAGGGGGGCAGGGAUACGUUCUUUG